CGGUGUUGUGAGUGAGGUUCUGCCGCUCCGCGUUUGUAGUGUCGAGUGUCAGUUGCAAGGUUGACCUUGAUCAUGCCGACCGUUUCCGGUAGCGGCGGUGAGGAGGUCGAAUCACAAGAUGAGGUCAAGGUCUUUAAAUAUGAAGGAGAUGAGGAGGAGAGUGAGAAGCGCUCCUCGGAAAACUUAACUGAAGACAAAAGCAGUCUCAUCACAGAAACAGAAGAGGAUAAGAGUACGCACGUGCCCUCCUCCUCCUCCUUCGCCAGCGCCUCAAAGAGUGAUGGACGCCUCCCAGAGACUUCACCCUUCGGACUCUUCGGAGCGUCGGCAUGGGGUGCGGAUCGCUUGGGAUACUUGUCUCCGUUCGCCUACGCUUACACGAACGGCACUUCGGCAAUGGUGAGUACCUUUCGUCGUCAGCUGCUGGGAUUGUUCGUUUAAGUUGCUUUUCCUGAGUCUUACGGUAUUGGUAACGUUAUUUGCUUGGUUAUUUAUUGAUGUUCUGUUAUCGUAAUCGUAAUUGUAGGUUAUAAAUAUU